CAGCUGGAUGAACGUUUGUCAUCGCACAGUUAAAGGGGGUGAUCAAAACGAUCCAGUCCAGUCUUGAGGAUUUUUCAGGCUUUGAAGUAUCAUCAUACGCCGACGAGAACUCAUCAGCUGCACAGCCAGUGACGUCACCGUCAGGUACGCAGGUAGCGCUUGUAAACAAGAAGAACGUUCGCGAGGAGACAGCUCAGGACCAAACAAAUGCACAAGAUCCCACUGCAGCGGCUGAAGUCGGAUUGAGUCGCAACACAUUUCACAGGAAUGUCAUGUUUUAUGGCAGCCUUUUCAGUCAACCAUACAGUGACCAACUCUAUCAUAAUGAAUACAAAUGGACCUCCUGAUCUUAUGCUAGACCCUAGAAGUGUCUGCGUGUCUAUUGAUGAAGUGAUCUCAAGUCACGCUGGCAGUCAGCAGAUGCCAUUAUUACACGGACACCUGAAAAAAGUGGAAAACAACCUCACAGAAUCCCAGAGAUUCUCGUAUCUUCCCCGCAGACCAGCAGUUAAUAUAGAUUUCAAAGAUCUCUCAUAUUCGGUUCCCGAGGGCCAAUGGUGGAGAAAGAAAGGUUACAAGACCCUUCUGAAAGGGAUCUCUGGGAAUUUCACCAGCGGUGCUUUGGUGGCCAUUAUGGGACCCUCAGGGGCCGGAAAGUCUACACUAAUGAACAUCCUGGCAGGAUAUAGGGAAAGAGGCAUGAAGGGUGAGAUCCUCAUAAAUGGACAGCCCAGAGAUCUGCGGUCUUUCCGGAAAGUGUCCUGUUAUAUAAUGCAGGAUGACAUGUUGUUGCCACACCUCACCUUACAGGAAGCAAUGAUGGUAUCAGCUAAUCUCAAACUCCAGGAAAAGGAUGAAGGCAGACGUGAAAUGGUGAGAGAAAUCCUGACGGCACUCGGCUUGUUAGAAUGUGCCAAGACCCGUACAUCAAACCUAUCCGGGGGGCAAAGAAAACGACUCGCCAUCGCUCUGGAGCUUGUCAACAACCCACCCGUCAUGUUUUUCGAUGAGCCCACAAGUGGAUUGGAUAGCUCAUCGUGCUAUCAGGUGGUCUCUCUUAUGAAAGCUCUCGCUCAAGGGGGUCGGACGGUCGUAUGCACAAUUCACCAGCCUAGCGCCAAAGUGUUUGAACUCUUUGAUAAGCUAUAUGUCCUCAGUCAGGGUCAGUGUAUAUACCGGGGAAGAGUAUCAAGCCUCAUUCCUUAUCUAAGAGAACUGGGACUCAACUGCCCCACCUAUCACAACCCUGCAGACUUCAUCAUGGAGGUGGCCUCUGGUGAGUACGGUGACCAGACGGCUCGGCUAGUGAAGGCUGUGCAGGAACAAAAGUAUGAGAAAGACUACAAGAGUGAAAUGAACGUUAACGGGGUCCAUAACCCCUUCCUGUGGCACAGACCGCCUGAUGAAGACUGCACCACAUCUGAGGGUUGCCAUAGUUUCUCGGCCAGCUGCCUAACGCAGUUCUGCAUCCUCUUCAAGAGAACCUUUCUAAGCAUCAUGAGGGAUUCAGUUUUGACCCACUUACGCAUAAUCUCUCAUCUUGGGAUUGGAAUACUGAUUGGUCUUUUGUACAUGGGAAUUGGAAACGAGGCCAAGAAAGUUCUAAGCAACUCUGGCUUUCUGUUCUUCUCCAUGUUGUUCCUCAUGUUUGCAGCUUUGAUGCCCACAGUUCUCACCUUUCCCCUUGAGAUGGGCGUCUUUUUAAGAGAACAUCUGAAUUACUGGUACAGCCUGAAGGCGUAUUACUUAGCCAAAACAAUGGCGGAUGUCCCAUUUCAGAUUGUGUUCCCUGUGGCUUACUGCAGCAUUGUGUACUGGAUGACGUCUCAGCCGUCAGAUGCUGUUCGCUUCAUUCUUUUCCUGGCUUUAGGGACGCUCACUUCCCUUGUGGCACAGUCACUCGGACUGCUGAUAGGGGCAGCGUCUACAUCAUUACAAGUAGCAACCUUUGUUGGUCCGGUCACUGCCAUUCCAGUGCUACUCUUUUCAGGCUUCUUUGUCAGUUUUGACACCAUUCCAAAAUACCUCCAGUGGAUAUCAUACAUUUCUUACGUCAGAUAUGGUUUUGAAGGAGUCAUUUUAUCCAUUUACGGGCUUGACCGUGAAGACUUGCACUGUGACAAAGAUGAGACGUGCCACUUUCAGAAAUCAGAUGCUAUUCUGAAGGAGCUGGACGUUGAAGAUGCCAAGCUCUACCUGGAUUUUAUCGUGCUGGGCAUCUUCUUUGUGUCACUUCGUCUCAUUGCCUACUUUGUCCUUCGAUACAAGAUCCAUGCUGAGAGGUAGAACAGUGAAGGAAUAUGAUGGACUGUCAAAACUUUCAUGCACAUAGAGGACUAGAGGCAGAGAGAGCCAAAGCAGAAGGGGUGUAUUCCAUUAUGAAGAACAACAGCUGUUUGUGCAGGCCUUGAGUUGAACUUGAAGUACCAGUGCGCAGAUACCCUAUAUUUGCAUGCUUUAAUAAGCGAACAAAGAAUUUAGAUGCAACAGUUUUGGGACUCAACCGACCAUCUGUACGGACAGUCAAGAUAAACUCAAAGCGUGUGAUGGUUGACAUGGGCAGUUUUACAUAAGACACAUAAUGUUUGUUUUGUUCCUUCUCUGAACAAUAUUUUAUUAUGUAUUCCUUAUGCUGCUGGUAAUGGCCUUAAAGUUUAAGUAUGAGCUGGUCUCCAGAAAAUAUCGAAUGCAUACAUCAACAAAUGUAUAGAUACGUUGAGGAAUUUAAAUUACAAAUUGAUUAUUUAUGGCUGUCUUUUCACAAUAUGCUGAGAGAUACAUAUUUUUCUAUGUCAAAAUGCGUUUAUGACCUUUAAAGAUACAAUAGGUUAAGUUUUAACCAUUUUGUCUUUUUUGGUUUUUGGUACUUGUCUGAUUAUGGCACCACAAUGUCGGGCAAAGGAAAGCUGGAAAAAAUUAAAUAAAAUUUGAGAUGAGAUAAAAUAUGAAAUAAAACAAACAGGAAAGUGACAGACUGCAUUUUUUUAAUGUAAAUGCCAGAAUUUCCUUGAUUAAACAAAUGUUCACAAAAGUUAUCAUAAAAGAUCUCACAGACACUGAUCCUUUUAUAUGGCACACUUGGAGUAUAACGUCCAAAUCACAUUAAAUUGACAUGGUCCUUGAAAGCUAAGAUUUUUCCUCAUCUUGCAGUUUUCAUGCUUUCUGGUUAAGGGCUCUUUUGCAAAAUGUAAAAAUGUGACAAUA